UGACAAAUAUCUUGUUUCUGUUUCGCUGUGGGAUCGUCGCAACAUUCAGUGCCCGGUAAAUAUAGAAAAAAGCGGAUUAUCCCGUUAUAAUUUGUGAUGUUAAUUCGUUAAAAGUAACGCUGCAAAUAUGGGAUUAAGAACAACAGAUAGUGUCAUUAUAAUAAUAUGCACACUCUGCAUAUGUAUGGAGUUCAUCCUGUCGUGCAAUGUGACCUCCCUCGAGCCGUGCCUGAGGGAAAAUCAGUUUUGUAACCAGACUACGGGGAGCUGUGAAUGUUUGGAAGGAUUUUAUCAAGUUGGUGAUGAAUGCCAGACGCCAAGCUCUUACAUGUCGAGUCACGACGUGACCACAGCAGUCGUGAGUAUAUUCGCCGUUGCACUAAUCGUGGGCGGCCUUGUGCUGGUGGUGAGAAAGUACAAUCUGAUUGAAUAUGCUCGACAGAAAAUUGAUUCCCGAAGGAAUAAUGAUGUGACAUAUGAAGAUGUCAUGAUUGGUCAAGAUGAUCCUCCGCUAAGCCCUUAAAUAUACUCAUUCAUUAUUUAUUUGUAUAGAUUAAUUAAGAAAUGUUGACAUUUAUUAAUCAUUUGUAAGAUAAGCAGAACUGAAGUGUAAUUAUUGUUCUUUGUUAUAAAUGUGUGUAUCAUUCAUUUGUUAAUUGUAUUCAAAUAAUCAUUUAAAUUGACUUAUUCCAAGUUAAAUACCAUACAUAAUUGAUAAUAUGCUAUACAAGGCAUACUUUUGAUGUGCUUCUUACUAUUUCUGUAAAACUUAGUUUGUAUCAUAUUGGUAGAUAUAAUGUACAAAACUAUACUGAUCUCUCCAAAAAUUUCCUCUGUCUAAACUACCUUAUAAUUUAUUACCUUUUUUUAAGAAUAUUAAAAUGGUUCCUAAAUUUUUUAUGUAUAAUCAGGGACAAAAUCCACAAAUAAUAAUUAUUGAGAUAGGUUUUUAAAGUAACACACAACAAUAAGGAAAAUUACCAGAUUUAACAAUCAAUGUGAGUUUAUAUUCGAUGAAAAUGGGGACAAUAUUAUCUUCCUUAUAAAAAUAAUAUUAAGGCAUAUUACAUUAUUGCAUACAUGUAAAUGUAAGAGUUACCAGAACAUAGAAAUGUUGCACAAAAUUACAAAUAAAUUAUUUUAUUAAGAA